CCACCAAAUCCCCACGCCGCCGCCACUCUCUCCCUUGGUUUCAGCGCCGAGCCAACCACCAUCCAUCUCCGACCUCCUCCCGUGUUUUCCGGCCAUGAGCAGGAGCCCCUACCUCGCACCUCCUGCGGGCCUCCUCACCUGCAAGCAGCCGGAGCAGCAGCUCCCCGUCGCCGGAGGAACCUCGCCUCUGCCUUUUCUUCCUUUCCUGUUUCUCUCUUCUCCCUCUCACAUCUCUCGCUCUCUGCAACAGGAACAUCAUGGAGCCCCGCAGCAGACGCUCGCCGUUGCCGCUGCUCGCCCCGCGUCCCCAAGCACCUCUCCUCUCGUUCCUGCAACGAACCCAACCUCCUCUGCCUCGUCCCCGCGCGCCUACAAUCCGUCUACCGAGACCCCGAGCAGGAGCGCUCGGUUCUCCUCCGCCCGCUGGCCGCACCUCUCCUCCUUCCGUGCGCCUCACCUCGCGGAGUCCAGCCGCCGGACCAGCAGCGCCGCCCCGGCGCACCAUGACGCCGAGCGCCAGUAGGAACCGAGCGCCCCCGAGCCCAGUCCCCGUGCUGCCUCUACAGCCGCCGCCGACCUCCUUCGCCUCGUCCGCGGCGCCCGAGCACCGCCUGGAGCCGCGACUCCCGUCGGACCUCCUCACUGCCCGAGGCUGCUGCCUCCCCGUCGUCUUCCUCUGCAGUCCGGCCGCCACCUCGCCGGAGUACGUCGUCCGCGUCGCCGCCUCGCUUCAUCUCCGCCACGAUCUGGUGCCAUCGACCACCCCCGCGCCUCUGCCGCCCCGCCAUGUUCCUGGAGCCAUGGCGCCCGCUUGUCCUCUGCUUCGGGCGACAGGGAGAUGCGCCUCCCCUGCCUCGCGCGUUGACCGAGCGCAGUGCCAGCGUGGCCAGCCUCCCAAGGCCCAAGCCAGCCGGCCUGCUGCCUCCAAGUUCCAGCGCUCCCUGCCCGGCCUCCUCCUCACCGACUGGGCUUAGCCCAUGCUUCGGUUUCGUUCCGGAGUUGUGAGGAUUCGUUCGACUACAUCCGUUUGUCUUCUUCAUGGACUCGUUCUUCUUCCUUGCGGGAUCUC